UCUUGGUGUAUAUGAGUACCAGAGAAAUGUGGUUUGUGGAAUGUCAACAUCUCACACAGGAUCAGGGCAUAGGGGCGUGAAUCUGGCAGACAUGCAGUUCUGUGGCUGGGUUAUAAGAAGACAUGUUUUGACUACAUUACUCAGUAGUGCCUGGAGUGCAAUGAAAGAAACCUUUAUUCCCACAUGUGCACAGGGAGCUCAAUGUGUAAAGUUGGUGAUGUAUUGUUUGCUUUAGAGCCUCUGGUUAAAGUGAUUUCUGAAAUCACUUAUGUGGAACACAAAUACAUGUAUUGUGUUAUUUUUAACCACAAUAUUCUGCCACAGCAUUGAAACAGCAGCGCGGGUUCUUAACCAUACUUGGAAAUGAUUAAUAUCCUGAUUCGUAUUCUGCCUAAAACCUUUGCUUUUACAGUUGAUGCAGCACACCAGCACACACAACUAUGUGUAUAAAUAACAAUGAAAAUCCAAGUGGGUCCACUUCCUGUUUGGGUAGUUGACAGUGAGUUCUGCUAAUUUGCCACUGAUAGAAGCAGAUUAAUCACUGAGGGAGCAGCAUAGAAAGUUUCCUAGUUUUCAUGUUUGAAUUGUUUUGCAACCUUUAUGCUAUUCAAUUUCAUUAAUGAAUGGUGAAAUUAGAUAAUAACUUGGCAUAUAGGGGGGGUCAGUAUUUAUAAUUCCAGCAGUGAGACCUUAAUAUUGUUCUUGGAUUGAAAGGAUUUCUGGUAUUGCAAACAAUUCACCAACAGUUGGAUCUCUAAAGAUAGGACCCUAUACAGAGCUGAUCUCCAUUUAACUUAUUAAUUAAUUAAUGAUGUGACCACUAUAUCAUGUUAACUCUAAUGCAAACAGAUUUGGUUUAAAAAAAGAAACAAAGUUAUUUCAUGCAGUGUUUUAAAAUGCUAUGUUAUGUACAUUUCAAAGAGUGUACAGCCAUUGCAUUGCUCCCCUAAUCAGCUGCAGAUGAAAUAAUUAAUUAUGAAUUGUGUUUUUAUCCUGUAUAUAGACACUUAAUAUCAGCUGGGAGCACAGCAUGAGUGUUUAACCCCAUCUCAACUUAAUCUCAGUGCAUUUCAGAGCCUGCCUGCUUGUUUCCUUCCUCCAAACACUCGAGUCAGUUCAAGGAAAUGGCUCCUCAUAGCACUGCUAGCCCGCCUUUAUAAAAUGAUAAGUACACGCUGGUGACUUUGUCCUCUACAGUUUACAACCUGCUUUAGAGAGGCAAUGAAGGAAAUACUUGUACUGCUGGUUCUCCUGAGUGGCUUCACUACCAAGGUCUGCUCUCAGCCCUAUCACGCAGACACAGAUGGAAACUGUCUCAACUCAGAAACAGAGUAUAUGUUAGAAGGAACUGACCUGUGCUGCCAGAAAUGCCCCCCAGGACAGAAAAGGAAACAAAAAUGCUCAGAAACGAAUAAAACUGUGUGUGAAGAAUGUCCAACGCGCCAGUACAUGGAGAACUGGAACUACGCUCCAAACUGUGCCACCUGUCUCAAAUGUAAAAUAGGCAAAGGUCUGCAAGAGGCCCAAAGCUGCUCCUCUUCCUCAAGGUCCAGGUGUGUGUGUCAGCCUGGAAAGUAUUGCAUCAUGGGAUUUGAUGGCAAACACUGCACAGCAUGUCACAAUUACAAGACAUGCGGAGCUGGCUGGGGAAUGCUUAGUCCAGGGACAGGAGACUCCAAUGUGAGGUGUGAACGGUGCCCCAAUGGGACCUUCUCUGACACAGUUUCAUCUGUUGACCACUGUCAGCCUCACACAAACUGCUAUGGGAGGGUUGUUGUCAAAAAAGGCGAUGCGACCUCAGACACGAUGUGUGAGCCCCCAAAUGCAAACACGCAGUCACAAACCUCAACGAAAAAUCCCCCCACUGAGAUGUUGUUCACAACUGCAACUGAAGUGAUGAGUACAUUAUUAGUGACCUCUGAAACUACACGUGGACCGCCAGACUCCACACUGUCCUUAAGCCCAUCUGCUUCAGGGGACGUAUUCAACUAUUCCACAAACCCCCCCCCAACAAGCUCAGCACCUGACAGUACACUGGACUCUAUGGUACCUGCGGUCCUCGCCGGUGUUAUUGGAUUACUUGUUUUCAUCGCUAUCAUUCUUCUGUUUCUUUGCAAGCCACGCUGGAAGAAAGUUUUUAACCCAGAUGCUGCAAGAUUUCCUCCUGGAGUGGAUGCAAAUGGAAAUUGUGAAAGUGGGGAUAAAAUCAAUAAGGGUUAUUUAAGGGAAACCCAGCCUUUAAUGACUUUAAUAUCCGACAUGGAGUCCGUCAGGCCCCAGGCCAGCGUCCCCCCACAGUCCUCCUCUCAGCCCACCAGCCCUCAGGUCAUCAGCCCUCUAACAACCAUUCCCAUUGUCAACAUCACUGUAAACAUAGGACAUGGGUCUUGUGGGACACCGAAUGGCACGCAUAUAGAGUCUCAACUCCAGUUUAGAGAUGAAGAGGAGUUGUUAAGCAUCCCGCAACAAGAAGCCGGAAAAGAAUCACUGAUGUCAGUGCAGGAGGAUGAAAGUUACACACAUGAAGAGUCACCGGCAUGAGAGACUGAUACAUCCUUAUUUUUCUUUCUGUCAUGUUGCAACAUUGAAAACAAUCUGAUUGGUUAAGAGAUGCACUUUAGUCACAAGUCUUUAUGAAGACAACAAGAGAAGCUUGGUUUCCAUCUCAAAGUAAUCAAUUGUCGAUAUGUUUAUAUGUAUAUACAGUAAAUACAAAUGUAAAUAUAGUCUUGACUUCAGUGGUGUAUGUGCAAUAAGUUAUACAAUAAAAAGGCAGCCGAGAAGCUGUCAGUUUUAUAUUAUGA